ACAAAGCACACCCAGUAAAGGACAAAAAAAAAAAAAACAGAACUUUGGGUUCACAACGAUCAGAAUUUGGGAUUUUAGCACCAAUGUAUGGUGUAUGAUCAUUUAACAAGUCAUUGAUUCCCCCAUUUUUUUGAUCGAUUUGACUUGAAAAAGAAAAAAAAUGGGUGCUCGUUGUUCUAAAUUCUCUAUCUGUUGGUUUCAAUCUCACCUUAAAGCUACCGUUCUUGAAUCCUCCGAUUUGGAUAAUGGAGGCAAAGGUGAGAAGCAAACAUGGCCGAGUUUCACUGAGUUCAGCUUAGAACAAAUGAAAGCUGCCACAAAUGGAUUCUCUUCAGAUAACAUAGUAUCUGAACAUGGUGAAAAAGCUCCUAAUGUUGUUUACAAAGGGAAGCUCCUCAAAAACGAUCAUUGGGUUGCCGUUAAACGUUUCAACAAGUUCGCUUGGCCUGAUCCUCGUCAAUUCCUCGAGGAAGCAAGAGCUGUUGGGAGUUUAAGGAGUGAACGGUUAGCUAAUCUGAUUGGUUGCUGUUGUGAAGGCGAGGAAAGAUUGUUGGUCGCGGAGUUUAUGCCUCAUGAAACGUUGGCUAAGCAUCUUUUUCACUGGGAAAAUCAGCCGAUGAAAUGGGCAAUGAGGUUAAGGGUGGCACUAUACUUGGCACAAGCAUUGGAGUAUUGUAGCAGUAAAGGAAGAGCUUUGUACCAUAAUCUUAAUGCCUACAGGAUUUUGUUUGACAAUGACGGUAAUCCUAGGCUGUCAUGCUUUGGCCUAAUGAAGAAUAGCAGAGAUGGCAAGAGUUAUAGUACAAACUUAGCUUUUACACCUCCAGAAUAUCUAAGAACAGGUAGAGUGACGGCUGAAAGCGUUGUAUAUAGCUUUGGAACCUUGCUGUUAGAUCUUAUGAGUGGCAAGCAUAUCCCUCCUAGCCAUGCACUUGACUUGAUUUGUGGCAAGAAUUUUCUCAUGUUGAUGGAUUCUGCUUUGGAGGGUCAUUUCUCUAAUGAUGAUGGAGAAGAGUUAGUACGGUUAGCUUCUCGUUGUUUACAGUAUGAAGCUCGUGAAAGGCCAAACGCGAAGUCACUUGUUGUAUCUCUCAUGUCACUUCAGAAGGAAGCAGAGGUACCAUCAUAUGUUUUGAUGGGUAUUCCACAAGGAACCACUUCUCCAAAACAGCCACUGUCAUUAACUCCUUUUGGAGAGGCUUGCUUGAGGUUUGAUCUGACUGCCAUACAUGAAAUAUUGGAGAAAAUGGGAUACAAAGAUGAUGAGGGUAUCGCAAACGAGCUUUCUUUCCAAAUGUGGACCAGCCAAAUGCAGGACACCUUGAACUCUAAGAAACAUGGAGAUAGCGCUUUUCGAGCUAAGGAUUUCACAAGUGCAAUAAAUCACUAUACACAGUUCAUUGAUGGCGGGACUAUGGUGUCGCCAACAGUCUAUGCAAGACGCUGCUUGUCGUACUUGAUGAAUGAUAAGCCACAAGAGGCGCUCGGGGAUGCUGUGCAAGCACAGGCGGUUUCCCCAGAAUGGCCGACUGCGUUCUAUCUACAAGCAGCUUGCCUGUUUAGCCUAGGGAUGGAAAGUGACGCCCAAGAGAACCUCAAAGAUGGCACUAACUUGGAAGCCAAAAAGAGCAAAAACUGAGCAUUUUGCAUAUGUUUUCUAUUUUUUUUUUAAAUUUAAUUUUCUUUUACUCCCAUAGUUUACUUUAAGCUCUUGCAUUUAUUCCUUCAUUUUCUUCAUUAUGGGAUUUCGAUAGAAUUCUUCAAAAUUUUUUUUAUUGUUGGUUUUGAUAAUUCAUGUUUAUUCAAUGUCUGUUGGAGACUUUUAGCUGUUAAAGAUGGUUGCCUAUAGAAAGAAUCAUUAGCGUUAUUGGUCAUUUGACCUCUGCCGCGUGUGAUCAAAUCAGUCUCUCCGGUCAUCAUCUCUAAUAUUGAUAAAAUGUCUUGUUCUGGAAGACUUUUUAGUGCAAAAUCAUCCUUAGCAUCGGCAACCAUCAGAACUUGGGGACCCUCCAAUGUAUGCUGGAGUCCCAACCAUUUCAAUUUGAGGAGACUGAAAUGCAGAAGCAACCUAAGCUGCAGCAAAGACAGAAACUUGAGGAUCUUGCAUGUGUCAUGGACCACGUGUUGAGACCACGGGUGACAAUUGAGACUGCUAACGAGGGCCAAAAAGGCCGACCGAGUCAAGAGAGAUGUUGGAUCUAGUGUCUAAGUGUAAUAAUUUUCUUUACUUAUAUUUGUAUUUUCUGAACAAAAUGAUUUAAUAAAAUAUUUAUUAAUUACAUUAA